AUGGGUAUUGGCAUCUUGCUUCUAUCAGCAAUUCCCGGUCUUAAACUUCGCAUCCAUCACUACAUCCUCGCAUUGUUACUACUACCAGGCACAUCGCUCCAGACCCGACCAAGCCUGCUCUACCAGGGUCUCCUCGUAGGUCUCUUCAUAAACGGUAUUGCUCGAUGGGACUUUGCCAGUAUUCUUCAAACACCUGCCGCAUUACUUGAGGACGGACUCGUCGGAAGUCUUCUCCCUGAGGUUGUCACACCUGCCAUUGUCGCAAAUAACAUCACAUUCGCCUGGGACACCAUUGCAGAAGGCUUUCAAGGCAUCAGCGUCAUGUUCUCGGUAGGUAACACUGAAUGCUACAUUAAUGGUAGCGAUACCCACUUUUGGCCACCGUCUAUUGGACUUGAAAGCUACCUUCCAGAGUACGCAAACGCUUACAUCGAAACCAUCGAGUGCUCCUCUGCCACCGGAUACAUUCGCGCUGUCUACCCAAAUGGAGGUUAUCUUGCUUUGAUGGACCGCUUUUCUGCUGGCACCGCCAAGAACCGAGCGGGAAUAUCAACAUCGCGUUUCGAAAACACCCGCAUUUUCGCGCAGAGCGCCCGUGAUGCAGUCUUGAUCCAGAGGUCUCAGGCACAGGUGGCACCACAAGUGCUGUCGGGCCAGCUCUACGGGUAG